AUCUGCAUGCAUAGAGAUGAAGAGGAACAAUGCGAAGCAUUUGUAUGAUAUCUUGGACGGGUCAGGGUUGCAUAGGCAUAUUGCAGGAUCAAGUUGGCAGCCAUUGAAGAAGAGAAGCGCAACAUUUACGACUAUUGCCUUCUUGUUCUUGUUGUUCUUCUUUGUUGCUGCGCUGGUGUAUGGUGCAGGCUGGAGUGUUGAUAUUGACUCUUUUAUAUUUUCAGGUGCUUCUUCUAACAAAUCAAUCCUAACACCAACAACAACAAUACCCAAAACCAUUGAAUUCCCACUCCAAUGUACCACAGACACAAAUGUCACACAAACUUGUCCAAGAACCUACCCUAGCAAACACAACCCUACAAAUCCUAACCUUCCAUCAAAUGUCACAUGCCCAGCAUACUUCCGAUGGAUCCACGAAGAUCUACGGCCGUGGAGAGAGACAGGAAUCACUAGGGACAUGGUGGAGCGAGCGCGCAGGACGGCACAUUUUAGGCUCGUGAUCGUGGACGGCAAGGCCUACCUAGAGAAGUAUAGGCAGUCCAUACAAACUAGGGACAUGUUUACAUUAUGGGGUAUUUUGCAGCUUCUAAGGGUAUACCCUGGUAGAUUGCCUGACUUGGAGAUCAUGUUCGACUGUGAUGAUCGGCCUGUGGUCCGAUCAAGAGACUUUCAGGGACCAAAUGCAGGCCCACCUCCUGUUUUCCGAUACUGCGCCGAUGAAGGCAGCUUGGACAUUGUGUUCCCAGAUUGGUCUUUUUGGGGCUGGGCGGAGACCAAUAUAAAGCCAUGGAAAAACUUACUGCCAAAAAUAAAGGAAGGCAAUAAAAGAACAAAGUGGAAGGAUAGGGUGCCCUAUGCUUACUGGAAAGGUAACCCAAAUGUUGCUCCAACCAGGAAAGACCUUCUCAAAUGCAACGUUUCAGACCAAAAUGACUGGAAUACACUCCUAUACAUUCAGAACUGGGAAAAAGAAUCCAAAGAAGGAUACAAGCAGUCCAGCUUAGAAGACCAAUGCAAGCACAGAUACAAAAUUUAUAUAGAAGGCUGGGCAUGGUCUGUGAGUGAAAAAUACAUAAUGGCAUGUGAUUCUAUGACCUUGUAUGUUAACCCUCAUUUCUACGAUUUCUACAUGAGAGGCAUGCUACCAUUGGAGCAUUAUUGGCCGAUUAGGGACAACAGCAAGUGCACUUCUCUCAAAUUUGCUGUGGAAUGGGGUAAUAAUCACACAGAAAAGGCAGAGGCAAUUGGGAAAGCAGCAAGCAACUUCAUACAAGAAGAUCUGAAGAUGGACUAUGUGUAUGAUUACAUGUUUCAUGUACUGAAUGAGUAUGCAAAGCUCUUGAAAUUCAAGCCAACGAUACCUCCUAACGCAGUCGAACUAUGUUCUGAAACAAUGGCAUGCCCUACAACUGGCACAUGGAAUAAAUUCAUGGAGGAGUCCAUGGUGAUGUCUCCUAGUGAUGAAAUCCCAUGUUCUUUGCCUCCUCCGUAUGAUCCUCAAGCUCUUCGCAGUUUUCUCGAGAGAAAAGCCAACUCAACUAGGCAAGUGGAAGAUUGGGAAAAUGAAUAUUGGCAGAAUUCUAGAAAACCAUAG